UGCACUGUGGGACUGCGGCGGAGUGAGGCGGUGAGUGUUGCAACCAGCGCUCAGAAAUGGACGUCUUUUUAAUGAUCCGGCGUCACAAGACGACAAUCUUCACUGACGCCAAGGAGUCCACUACGGUAUACGAGCUCAAACGCAUCGUGGAGGGUAUUCUUAAGAGAGCUCCCGAAGACCAGAGACUCUUCAAGGAUGAGCAGCUCCUGGAUGACAGUAAGACUCUGGGUGACUAUGGCUACACAAACCAGACCGCUCGCCCCCAGGCUCCUGCCACCGUUGGCCUGGCCUUCCGUCUCACUGGUGACACCUUUGAGCCGCUGCAGGUGGAGCCGUUCUCCAGCCCUCCAGAGUUGCCCGAUGUGAUGAAGCCCCAGGACUCCGGCAGCACCGCCAACGAGCAGUCCGUUCAGUGAAGCAGGAAGCCCGCCGCAAAGAGAGGAGGAGGAGGAGGAGGAGGAGGAGGAGGAGGAG